AAAAGACUCGCGCCAGUUACAGUAAGACCACUAUUUGCUGAAGGAAUAGCUCUCCAGCAGCGCUCGAGAUCGAAGACUUCCGACUAUUUUGAGAUCCAUUACACUGUGUAGCCAUGCCAUCCAUGUCAAAGGUCAAUGUCAGCUUCUUGCCAAGCAUGACGAAGCCUUCCAACUAUAAUCUCCUGAUCCUUCUUGUGAUCUCGGCACUUUGUGCAAUCGUACCGUUAGACUUGACUCAGCUGAUUUUCGCGGUGCUGGGGGCCUUGUGCUACUACAUGGUACAAAGCCUGCAACGUUCCAUGGGGUUGCCAGGGCAAAAGAAGCUGCCCAAGUCCCCUAUCGAGAAGGCUGAGCCCCGUGAGGUCAAAAAGCGGCGCACCAACAGGAAGCCGCUUACUGAGGGCACUCACGUGGAUGCUGCAGCACAGCCUGCUUGCGUGCCCAUCUUGGCACCGAAAUUCAAGGGCGAAUCUUUGGAAGACGAGGUUCAGGAGCUCAUUGCACAGAUCAUGCCCACUGCCUCCAGCCAACGUGGCGUAGAUCGCCUCGCCGAGGCCAUUCGUGUCAUGUUGGCCAGCAGUCUUCCAGAGGUAGAAGUCACUGGUUUCGCCAACAGCGAUCUGUCGCGUGGCCGUGCCAAUGGUGUGGCGGUACCAGAUGUGGACAUCGUAAUCCAGGUGCGCCCCGACAGUGUGGCUUCCAAGCUGCCCUCGAAGGGCGUGGCCGAACCGCGGAUGCUGCAGAAAUGGGCGCUUCGCAUUUGUGCCGAUCGCCUCGUUUCCGGGGGUUUCAAGUUCCGGCGCUCUGGCUUCCGCGGGAAUGAGCCGAAGAUGACGUUGUUGGUGCCCUCUGAGCUCAAGAUUUUUGACACCGCGGUGCCCAUAGACAUCUCGGUGAACGCCGUGACGCCGCUGCACAGCGCGGCGUUGAUCUCGGAGUGCGGCAACUUGAACCCACAGAGCAAGGAGCUGAUCCUGUUGAUCCGCCGCUGGGCAAAAGAUCGCGGUAUUUGCCACGCACCCAAGGGACACUUGUCGCCCUACGUGUGGAGCUUGUUGGUGGUGUACUACCUGCAAGUCGCCCAAAAGGAACCCCUGUUGCCUCCUGUGGCGGAAUUUCAGGCCAUCAAGGAUCUCCUCCCGGCCGGUUGUGGUAAAACUGCUCAACCAUGGCGUGGCAAGGCCAGCGAGCUCACGGCCGCCGAGCUCCUCAAGGGGUUCAUGCAGUUCUACAACAGCUUUCCGUGGAAGUCAGAGGCGGUCUGUGUGCUGAAGGGUACCCAGGGUCCCAUGCCUCUCUCGUUGCCAAUUCACAUCAUCGAGCACGAGGACGGACCGAAGACCACCGAGUGCGGACCGAACAUCGAAGAUCCCUUCGCCCCGAAGAAGAACUUGGGUAGCGGUAUGACCUGGUGGAGUUGGCUCCGCAUGAAGGAGGAACUGGCAAGGGCCCACACCUUGCUAGAGCAAGACACGUCGCUGUCCACGCUUCUUGCGCCCUGGUCGCCGGAAGGCCCCGAAGAGGCGCCGGAUUCUGCCCCGGGUUUGGUCAGCUGUGGAGCAGCAAAUCAUCGCAGCAAAUCUGUUGUGGUUCUGUCCACAGAUGGGCCAAUAUUUUGAGUGUUAAACGUGUUCGCCCGGGCCAGUAUAC